CCUAGAUGUUCUGAAUCAACCCAUUUAGAAUCUUCUAAAAAUGAUUAAUCAUUUUUUCAUCCUUUUGCUUUACCUUUUAAAAUGCAGCUCAGAAAAUGUAGAUGCAGCUGCUCAGAAUCAUCUGAAGAUUGUUCAAGCUGGAGACAAAGUUACCUUCACCUGUAUUUAUCCAAAAGAGUUAAGAACCACUGUUGUUUGGGUCAAACAAAAAGCUGGAGAGAAACCCCUUUCAAUUGCUUCAUCAUAUCAAGCUUUAGCUGUCGUGUUUGAAAAUGGCUUUGACAAACAUAAUCGUUUUUUUGUAGCAAAAGAUGAUAGCAGUUUUAAUCUGAGCAUUACCAAUGCAAAAGAAUCAGACACUGCAACAUACUAUUGUGCUAAAUUUAUAUAUCAGUUCAUAUUUGGGGAAGCUACUGAUCUCAUUGUUAAAGACAGAGGAUUGAACAUGCAGUCUGAUCAUCAGACACCUGCCACAGAUCCAGUGCAUCCAGAAGACUCUGCAGUGGCGCUGCAGUGCACCGUCCUCACUCAGAGCUGUGCAGGAGAACACAACGUCUACUGGUUCAGACGUGAAUCUGGAGAAUCUCCUCCAGGAAUUAUAUUCACUCAGGAGCGCAGGAACGCUCAAUGUGAGAGGAGAUCUGAUGUGAACUCUACUGCACACAAAUGUAUCUACAGCCUGCCCAAGAGGAACCUCAGUCUCUCUGAUGCUGGGAUUUACUACUGCGCUGUGGCCGCAUGUGAAGAGAUACUGUUUGGAGAUGCAAGAAAACCGGACCUGCCAGGUUUUCAGACACCUUGGAGUAUAAUUGCCCUGAUUUUAGGAACUUUAAACUGUUUAUCAGUGAUUGUGAUCAUAUUUCUGUGCACACAGCUGUACAUGCAGCGACGAAAAGAUAAUACUCAGAAUAUUCAGAUUGGUCACUUAAUGGAUGAAGAAAGAGAUGCACUGAAUUAUGCUGCUUUGAGCUUUCAACAAAAGUCCAGCGCUAGAAGACCCAGAGAAAAGCAUACAAGAUAACUGAAUAUUUGCACAUGAGAAAUCUAUGCAUUUUACUAGAAAUAAAUUCUCUGUUGUUUACAAAAAGUGCUUUAACUGAUAAUGAUUACUCAAGUGCUAUUAGAUUACUACAGUAGUAAAAUUAAGAUUUUAAUACUUAACAAUUUCACAUUCAAGUCAAAGUUUUACUUGCUGUUUCUAUUAAUUAUGAAAUUUACAACAUAUUUCUGAGAGAUAAAUUGUUUCUGGACAAAAACAAGGGGAAAAAAAGAAAAAGUUACAUUAUUCUAUAAAAUAAACUGAACUGGCAUUUUAAGUUACCUUCAUUGAACCCUGUUUGUUGGAUUCCUGCAUCAACACAGCAUAUCAGUGUAGAUAUAUGUAUGUAUGUAUGUAUGUAAUGUGUGUGUGUAUGUGUGUGUGGGUGUGUGUGUGUGUGUGUGUGCGUGCAUGCGUGUGUGUGUGUAUAUAUACAUAUAUUUAGAUUUAUUGAUUUGUAUGAAAAUGUAUUAGGCUGAGAAGAGGUGGAGAAGUUAAAAUCCCUGUCCGUGGUACUGAAAUUUGAUAAUUGUGACCAUUUUGGCAUUAUUUAACGGUAUUUUAUAUGGUAUUUAGAUCACAAUGUACCACUUCUAACACAUACUUAUGAUGUUUACUCACGGCAACAACAUGAAUUCAUUAAUAAGUAAAAAUACAGUAUACUUUUCAUGUGUCUAGAAUGUAGCAUAAGCAAUAUUUUCACAGGAACAUUAAACA